AUGGGCUUGCUAUCUAUCCUCCCUGCGAGCUUCUCAACCCUCGAGACAUGGCUCACACGUAUAUUCUUGAUAUUCGGCCUCGUUAUGAUCGGUCCAUGGGCUGCGCUUGUUGUAUAUGACCUGGUCUUGUACGUCUUCCGCGCCAUCACCUACGAAAUUCCAGUCGUGGGUGGCCGCGCCCGAGGAAAAGCCAGACCACGCGCACCAAGCCUCACAGAACGACCGAGCGGGCAUCGUAGGAGGUUCAGUCUCGCACGACCGAAGGAGGACACAGGAAGUAGCACGGGCGCUGCCGCAGCGGACACACCAGACGCGCCGGAUGCUCGGCCUCGACACCUGCAAGGAGGUGCACACAGUGGCUGCAGCAUUUAG